UGCAGAGCAUUUCACUUCCAACCUUGGCUUACAGAUGGAAAGAAAUGAAGCAGACUGCUGAAGAAUUCUGAUAAAGUCGUCCUCGACACCCCUUCUCUACCCUGUGCAGAAGAGGUAAAGCAGAUCUCCGCUGGCUCCGAAAAGUUGCCUGGACAACAGCUUCACCCCUGGGUACGAUGGAAAAAACCUUCUGGACCUUAGGGGUGGUGUUAAUAUCUCUGGUACCUUUCACAUACUGCACAAGCAGCGACUUCCAAAGCAGGAAAGGAACUUCCAAAAGAGUUUCCCGUUCUGUGGGCAGUACAGACGCCAAUGACGGUAAACGGUGUGGAUACACAUUCAUGGUGCCUCAGCAGAGGAUCACCGGGCCUAUAUGUGUCAGCACCAAAGGGCCCAGUCCAAGUAAGGACCAGGUAACAAGAAUGGAUUUGGAAAACCUUAAAGACACUUUAGCUAAGCAAAGGAGAGAGGUGGAAAUGUUACAAGUGGUAGUAGAUGUGGAUGGGAAUAUUGUGAACGAGGUAAAAUUACUGAGGAAAGAGAGCCGCAAUAUGAACUCCCGGGUCACACAACUCUACAUGCAACUCCUACACGAGAUCAUUCGGAAGAGGGAUAACUCUCUUGAAAUAUCUCAUUUGGAAAACAAAAUCCUCAAUGUAACAGCCGAGAUGCUGCGAGCCGCCACACGCUACAAAGAGCUGGAAACAAAGUACGCCUCGCUAGUGGAUUUGGUCAAUAACCAGUCUGCCAUUAUCUCAUUGCUGGAAGAACAGUGCAUGAGGGUUUUCUCCAGGAGGGAUCCCCAUGGUUCACCACCAUUGGUUCAAGUGGUGCCUCAGCACAUCCCAAACAGUCACCAGUACACCCCGGGAUUAGGAGGUAGUAAUGAGAUCCAAAGAGAUACAGGAUACCCCAGGGUAAGAGACAGCAGACAGCCCCCGCAAGCUCCGGCACCCACCAUCAGCCCAUUCCGGGUUCCUCCAGUUACUAUCGUCAAUGAAGGUCCGUUCAAAGACUGCAAACAUGCAAAAGACUCUGGAUUUACCAGCAGUGGAAUUUACUUAAUAAAACCCAAAGAUGCCAAUAGUCAAAUGCAGCUCUGGUGUGAGAACAGUUUGGAUCCUGGUGGUUGGGCAGUCAUACAGAGGAGGAUUGAUGGAUCAGCCAACUUUUUCAGGAACUGGGAAACCUAUAAGAAAGGCUUUGGAAACAUUGAUUCAGAGUAUUGGCUGGGGCUAGAGAACAUCUAUCAGCUAACAAACCAAGAUAACUAUAAGCUGCUGAUUGAACUAGAAGACUGGAACAAUAAAAAAGUCUACGCAGAAUACAGCAGCUUCCGACUAGAGCCAGAGAGCGAUUACUACAGGCUCCGACUGGGAACGUACCAAGGGAAUGCUGGAGAUUCCAUGGUCUGGCACAACGGCAAACAGUUUACCACACUGGACAGAGACAGGGAUAUGUACACAGGUAACUGUGCACACUUUCAUAAAGGAGGAUGGUGGUACAACGCUUGCGCCCAUGCCAAUCUCAAUGGUGUGUGGUACAGAGGAGGUGUGUAUCGAAGUAAACAUCAAGAUGGCACCUACUGGGCAGAGUACAGGGGUGGCUCCUAUUCUCUCAAAAAGGUCCAAAUGUUGAUAAGACCAAUAGACUGAAACAAGAAAGGACAAUCAAGGAAGAUGCUCUGUUUAUAUUAAUGGCUCCGGUCAUGAAGACUUUUCAUGAUACUAUCAAGGACGUUUUAUUCAGCUUUACCCAUAAACGGUAAUUGACGAAAAUGUUGAUAAGAGGAACGCUGGACAUCCCUCCAUGUAAAGGUUUCUAUGUAUGUACUAUGCUGGUUUAAUAUUUUAUUGGAUUUAUGUAAAGAAGUAACAGAUACGACAUGGCUUCUAGUGCUCCAUCAGCAAUGAUCUGAGUAACUCAGAAUGGCUGCAUACUAAUGUAAGAGGAGAUAUACAACUUAUCAAUAUCAGGAACACGGCUACUCAAUGAAAAAGUCUGUGAAUGAUUUGUUACUUAAAAAGGGUAUUCCAGUUUAGAGUAAUCUUGUCUACCCACUUAUAGAUUGGUGGUGGUUGUGGGGGGGGGGGGGGUCCCCUUUGCUUGCCACCGAUUCCCUCCCUUGGAGGAGUGUGAAUAAAGCUCUGAACUCUGCUAUCUAUCUAGGUCACUAUCAUAGUCUCUGAAUGGAGCAGCAGGGCACAUGCUUGAUGUCCCCUCCACAGACUUAAAGCUGGAGAAACAGAACAGGGGUCCCCAGUUUUGGGGAUCUGGGGUUAUUCCUACAGUCUGACAUCUACCGAUUUAACAGUUAUCACCUACCCAUUGUAUAUGUGAGAAUUGCAUCAAUCUGGAAUACCCCUUUAUUACUCAAUCCUGCCUUUAAGAACUGAACAACCUUUGCUUUCACCACGCUGUCCUGCUGGUCUCACCAAGGGAAAAAUAAUGACCAUGGGCAGCCUAAGUCUACAAAACUGAAUCAAUCAAUCUUUGUUAAUACGUACAGAAGACAUAGUGUAAAAUAUAAAUUAUCCUGCCUACUUUUCUUAUUCCUUUGAGGUUUCAUGUUUAGCAUUACUGACAUAUUUAAAGGGGUACUCCGUUGGAAGAAAAAAAUGUUUUCAAUUUAACUGUUGCCAGAAAGUUAUGCAGAUUUGUAAAUUACUUCUAUUUAGAAAUCUUAAUCCCCCAAGGACUUAUCAGUUGCUGUAUACUACAAAAGGAAGUUGU